GUCUCCUCUGUAUUGUACUCAGCUGUCGUGGUUUGUACGGAUGUACUGUAUGUGGGAGGGGGUAGCUGGUUAGCAAAAGUCCAGUGAUGUGAAGGACGGGACAGACUGGAGGCUGGUCUGAAGCAUACAUCCGUCGUCCCGCCGGUGGUCGCUCGGUCGGUCUGUCGCGAUGGAUUUCGUGCUGAGCGGAUUGGCGGCAUGCGGAGCCUGUGUGUUCACCAACCCGCUGGAGGUCGUCAAAACUCGCAUGCAGCUUCAGGGAGAGCUAAAGAGCCGCGGAUCCUAUCAUGUUUAUUAUCGCAACGUCUUCCACGCUUUUUAUACUAUCGGCAAAGUGGAAGGACUGGUGGGAUUACAGAAAGGAUUAGUCCCCGGGCUAUGCUAUCAGUUUUUUAUGAAUGGAGUCAGGCUCGGGUCGUACGCCAUCAUAGAGUCCUCGGGUUACAUCCACACCAAUGGAAGGGUCAACGCUGUCAAAACCACAGUAGCAGGGGCUAUGGCUGGAGUGGUGGGAGCUGUGAUGGGCAGCCCCGUAUACUUGGUGAAGACUCACCUGCAAAGCCAGGCAACCUCCUCUAUCGCGGUUGGUCAUCAGUACAAGCACCAGGGGAUGACCCACGCCCUGGUUGCCAUCUACAGAAAUCAUGGCAUUCUGGGACUGUGGAGGGGCUCUAGUGCCGCAGUGCCGAGGGUCAGCGUGGGGUCGGCCGCUCAGCUCUCCACCUUCUCCUCCUCCAAGGAGCUCGUCAUUGACCUGCAGGUGUUUCCAGCGAACAGCUGGCUGGUGGCCCUCAGCGCCGGCAUGAUCAGUAGUGUGGUGGUGGUGCUGGCUAUGACUCCUUUUGAUGUGGUGAGCACGCGGCUCUACAACCAGCCCGUGGAUCAUUUGGGCAAGGGUCAGCUCUAUAAAGGAUUUACUGACUGCUUUUCCAAAACCCUGAAGAAGGAGGGAUUGACGGGGCUUUACAAAGGCCUGGGAGCGUCUUAUUUCCGACUCGGUCCACACACCAUUCUUUCGUUGUUUUUCUGGGAUGAACUGCGCAAAUUCUACCAGCCGUUCAGAUAACACCCGUGACGAAGACAAUGGAAAAUGGGUAACUCAUUACGUUCUGAGUGCAGAAGGUUAAAUGAAUCGUCGUUUAAUAAGUUUAUGAUUAUCCGGUGAAUGGAAAAACCUGAAGGUGUUCUAGAGCAAAGGUAAUGUUUUACACUCCAGUUAAAAAAUAUUUUAGAGUCAAAUGUGUCAAGAAUGAAGGUAAAAAUGUUAAAUUAUUGAGCUGCUGAAGGAUUUAUUAACUGCACUUGUCACGUAGAACUAUACAGUAUGCUGUAUGUCCUCCAGAGGAAAUUCAACACUGCAACUUUUCUAUAGCUCUUAAACUCCCGUGUACUGAGGAUACGAGGUCAAUGUCCUAUUUUUAUUCUGUGUGUCUGGGAAUUAGGAAAAUCUGAUUGUGAUACAAAUUCCCUGCAGCAGGCUUGUGCUUGUUUUCAGGUGAUGAAGAGUAUUCUAUACUGUAGCAACAUAGUUAAUCAUUUUGGCCUUUAGCAAUUUCCCUCAAGCAACUUUGCCUUUGACUCAUUAAAGCCAAUGAGAACUGGUUGAUAACUCACUCACCAGUGAGUCAGCUGGUUGCAAAACCAAAACUUCUUUAAACUUUUUUAUGUCUAUGUGGAGUUUCCUAAACUUUCUAAAGACUGCAAACAUGCCAGGCUCAAGUUUUGUGAACUGUAUAUAAUUGAGUCUUGAGUUUGAGUAGGUCAAAUGCAUUAUAGAAUAUAUUUACUGUGAAACAGUAUGUGGAGAAAAAUGUUUUCCAGCCGUACAAAAGGAUAGAUAUGGAAUGUGGUUAAAGGCAACUCUAGGACAAAAGCUUUGUUUCAAAAUGACUUCUGCAGCAGACAGAUUUCCUCUUUGGGUGAGGAAAGAAAACUCCACUAACAUGAAAUAUUUUAGGCCUCAUAAACCAAAGCGAGUAUCCAGUGGAUCUGCCAAAAAAAACGGAUGUGAAAGCCAACGUCCUCCCUAAGCAUGUGGUACUGUACAAUAACAGGAGCCGUUACUCUUAAUAUACACAUCAAAGCGGCUCCCUCCAUUAAAUUAGACAAACGACAACAACAACAAAAAACUGCACAUUUUUCAUUGCCAUACAUGACACAUUUCAUAAAAAGUAUUGUGUUUAUACACUGAUGGGGGCGGCCCCCUUUUUUCUAAAUGUGAAUGGAUUUAUUGGAGUUUUAUUCUAUAACUGCACUGGUACAUUUCUUGACUGUGCAAGCGCGGGUUAAAGUAUUUCACUGUCAUAUUAAUUUAUUUGUGACGUUUAAAGUUGACAAAACAUUCGAACAUUCAGUUAAUUAUUGCCAUGAGUUAGAAACCUUACUUUUGCUCUGCUAAAAUGUCCUGGUUAAGCAAAAAGCUAGUUAGUGAAUAGUGUGCCUUAAUAAACCUUUAAGAAUAAAAACAGUCCAUUUUAAUAUGUUACAGACGUGACGUUUAUCAGCUCGUCCACUGACUCCAUCUGCUUGAGUUUUGGUUCUAUGAAGCGUUUAUAAUUGAGCCCAACAGUCAGAUUACCAUGAAAUGGAAACUGUUGGUAACAUUUUGAAGUUCCAUAAAACUGCUGCCCAACCUGUGAUUUUGAUGCUUUCUUAAUAAGUGUAAGAUGCCCAUGAAUUUAUUUAUACGAGCAUUAUUAGUUAUUCCCGACCACCUUUGAAUGCAACAGCGCAAUGUGACAUGUAACAAAUGUACUGUAGCUCUACGAAUAGAGUUCCCUGAAGUUUGUGACAGAAGGCAGGAAACUGUUAUUUAAGUUUAUUAAAUAUUAUGAAGUUUUGAACUUUAAAAGAAUUGAGUUUUGGCAAUUUUUCUGUUUUUAAACGUGUUCUUCUUGAUAUAAUUACGCUCAUUUGUUCCUUGUAUAUGGUUCUUUAUGGAAUUUGUUUUUUGUGUAAGGGAACAUGAUUUUUUUAAUUUUAAUUGUUAAGGUAGUAUUGAUAGGUGUACUAGGCAGCAGUGCGGCAUAUCCAAAUACUGAUGGAACAAUUUUAGGGUGGAUCAAAAUAUAAUGGUACUGUGGUCUUUGCAAGGAGCCCAAAGGGAACAGGGAUUCUUCCACAUCUGUCAUUUCAAUGUUUUCAUGAGACUUCUGUCAAACAAAAGUUGUGCCAAAAGUUGUGUCAUUAACAAUUACCAAUCCAGCUCGAUUUUAUUACACUGCAGUUCACUACCUUAGCUUUUAGUUAUGAUAAAGUCAGAUCUCAGCAAACUGAGCUGUUUGAAUGCAAACCUGUAUGUGGACUUUUCUCUACAGUCUCAGUAAAUAGAUUAAUGGAUAGUUUUAGGAAUAAAAACUUUAGAAUUGAUGCAGAGGCCUUGGAAAGGGAGCGAUUUGAUGCUCAAAAACUAUAAAUGCAAAAAACGUAUUUUUGUAUCAACACUUUUGUUUGGAAAUCUUUCAGCUCAUUUCUUGGUGUUUCUAUUAUACGAUAUUUGCCAACGUUUAAACCUCAUGACAGUUCUAAAAGUUGAAGUGUGAUCGGUCAUAUCAUGGAGCAGCUUGGUUCCAUUUCAUGAAUGUUAGAAAAUAAUUUUCCAACAUUGUUCUUUGAUAUGUGGAAUGGAAGUGAAAAGCAAAUAAACUCAGACUUUUAUUGUCCAACAGUGUGGUGGUUACUCGCUUUGUUCAACAGUGUUGAAAAUGUAAAAUUUCCUGUGUGUUAUUCUCAAACUUUACUGCAUAUGUCUUGUAGUACAUUUAUUUCAUUUUCAAGAUUUCCCACCAUUGAGCAGUAGCUAGCUGGAGUUUCUUUUCCUUAAAAGAAAUGAAGUCAUGAGGCCGUCUUCUCACCGCUACAUUGAAGAACUGGUAAAGAGAUGAAGUUUCCCAUCAGCUGGUAUAGAACAGAAAGUGCUGGACAAAAUUUCUUAAAUGACAACAUUGCCCUGCUUGGCAGGUGACUUAAGAGGACUUAUUAAGAAGCAUGCUAACGUUUUUUAAUUGGUAAUGUUACAGUAGUUAUUACUGCAUGUUUUUUUUCUGCGUGACUUUCUUUGUGCAUGACUGGAUGUUAGUUAGACCUCCAACUGGAAGUUAAGGUUAACUGUUCUGUGAAUGCCUGAUAUCAUAGUUCUGAAAAUCACCUGUGUCAAGCCGCAACGUGACUCCUACUGCAGGAAGUAGAGAUAAUUAUGUGUACACAUAUGAAAAGCACCUUUGGCAUAAGGAUGACUGAAGGUGACGUGCCUUUAAUACUGUACACUUUUUAAAAGAAAUUACUGAGAAAAACAGUUGACCAAUAUUUCACAGUUACACAAUACUGUCCAAAAGUUCAUGCCAACCCUUAUUUCUUCAUAUUUUGCUAGUGAAAAUCAGGAACUCGCAUGAAAAUCCAG